AUAGAGGGCGAGGAUCUUCUCCAAUGGUUAAGGUGGAAAAAGUAAAAAUAUUGAUCUUCUGGCAUUAGAAGUUUCUUCUGGACGCAGAGAGAUGCGUUCCACAGAUGGAGAGUUCCCAGUCCUGUUAAGAAGUCUUCUCUCGUAGGGCUGUGUCUGUGUUUCUUAAAGGAUUAUAAGUGAAAACCAGUAACAAAAUAAACUGAUAUAUUUAAACCAAACACAACCUCAGAAAAGUUCUCUUUAGAACACUUAAAUAUUAAUUCUUUGUUUCGGUUUAAUUAGUUUUAAUAUUUAAAACGAUUAUUUUAUCACUUCAAACGAUUUCAAUGAAAAAUAUGAUUUAUAAGCGAAGUGAAUUCAAUAUUUUUAACAAAAAAUAAAUACUUAUUUUGUUAAAAAGUUGAAUUUACGACCUGUUUAGUUAAACCUGGCAUUCUAGCUUGUGGACAUUAAAGCUAUUGAAACAUAACCGAUUAUAUUAAAUAAAACACAGAGAAUUUUUUUUUUUUUGCGAACUAUAAUUCUUUAAAUAAACGCAAACGACAAUUUAGGCCUUAGUUCAUUCUUUGUUAUUUUUUUCAUGAAUAUAGCUGUAGACAAUGCUUGAAACAAAAAGCCGUGUUUAAAUAAUAAUAAAAUCCAUCAGAGGCAUAUAAAUGAAAUGGAAAGAAACAUCUCUAGUUUUAAUAUAAUAACUGAUGCGGAAAAACAAGCAGAUUAUGUUAUUCAGAAUGAACCAACCAAUGAAAUGGAGUGCAUCAACUAUAAUAACAGUUUAUUAGAAGAACCCUUUUGCAAAUCAAUAUGGGAUUCUUUUUAUUGUUGGCCAUCCACUGCCAGUGGAAAAGUGGUGUCUCGUCCCUGCUCUGUACUCUUCGCCUCCUACGACGUCGGCUUUCGUGGAUCCAAACAAAAUGCGGAAGCGUACAGAGUUUGUGAUGAGAAUGGCCGAUGGUUGUGGGGUAAUUGGACAAAUUAUACUCAAUGCUUGGACCUACUACCACAUAGUCAGGAGACUGAAGUUGGUCACUUAACGGUCUGUUAUAUUCUCUUCAUAUGUUCUUUCAUAUCUAUCAUUGCCCUUCUCAUCACUUUACUAAUAUUCUGCUAUUUUAAAUCAUUGCACUGUUCUCGCCUUCGUGUUCAUCGCAAUCUUGCUGUGUCGCUCAUCAUUCAUUCUGUGUUACUCAUGAUCAUUCCAUCAACUGUCAUCUUCCAAACUUCAUUGCCUAACUACACAGAAGUGGAGUGGCUGUGCAAGCUUCUGAUGUGCAUCAAGAUGUAUUCUGCAAUGGCCAGUAUCAAUUGGAUGUUUGUGGAAGGACUAUUACUUCACAGCAGAAUCACUGUAUCAGUUUUCAAACAAGAUGCGCCAUUCAAGCUCUACUAUCUCAUCGGAUGGGGGCUACCGUUAAUUUUCGUAUCGUCUUGGGCAUUUAUUAUGUCUUGCAAGCUGCACACACCCUGCUGGAGAGGAUAUGGGAAAUCCAUAUAUGUCUGGAUUUUGACCGGACCUAUGGUUAUUGCUUUAUUGGUAAACAGUGUAUUUAUGGUAAAUAUAGUUCGAAUAUUAAUCACAAAGCUCAAUCGCACUUCUUCUAUAGAUAGUCGUCGAAUGAAACAGAAGACGGAGAGGGGAGGUAGUAUGCACAUUUCAGCUGUACACUCCACCUCUCGAGAUUCAGCACGAAUUAACUGGAAAGCAGUAAGAGCCACGGCCCUCUUGUUCCCUCUAUUGGGCCUCACUCACUUGAUGUUUUGUAUCAACCCGAAUGACGACGCCAUGUUUGAAGAAGCCUACAUGCUCACAAACGCCAUCCUACAAUCAUCUCAGGGCUUUUUUGUCGGGGUAUUGUAUUGCUUCAUGAACUCGGAGGUCCAAACAGUAGUGCGUAACAGUUACUUGAGAGCAGUGAUACGCCGAAAUCCCAACACACGCACUAAGAGCUACCUGCGAACUUCCAAUGCUUUUUUGUCCCAUACAGAAAUAUCCGUUGCUGAUACAGCGAGGAACAAAGUGGUACCAGACAGAAAGAUACCUCUCCAGAUCAUGAAUGGAGAGGAAAUCAAAGACACGGAGAGGACUUAUGUGUUUUGAGACUGCCAUAAUACGUUUUAAUGGUACCCCGCUUGACCCAUGCCAAAUUUUUUGAUGUUCCCACCAAAACAUUUUGAUGGUUUAUGCUGGUUUCAGUGCGAUUCAUGAUGGUACAACAUCAUUUGAUGAUCCAACAUCAUUUGAUGGUCCAACAUCAUUUGAUGAUCCAACAUCAUUUGAUGGUUCAACAUCAUUUGAUGAUCCAACAUCAUUUGAUGGUCCAACAUCAUUUGAUGGUUCAACAUCAUUUGAUGGUCACCAUCCCACAUUUCCCAUUAUGCGUUCAUAGUUUUUUAUAUGCCAGCAAACUUCCGUAUUUCAAAAUGCUACUUUAACUGCUUCUCCUCUGAUUAUGCCGAGAAAACUCGGGUAUAGCAGAAUUUGUCAGUUUGUUUUGUUUCAUCACGUUUUUACGCUGCACAGUGGGGCAGAAGACCAUGAUCUUUGGCCAAAAGUCAAAAUUAAAUUUUCAACUAAAAUAUGUGUAGGCAGUUUUAAUAUCACCCAAAUUAAGUAUUCAUAAUCAUUCCAAACA